AUCGUGAUAUAAUCGUGCUUUUCUCAUGCGCGUGUAAUCCUGGGACUACGGACGGAGGUUCAUAAGCCAUUUUGUGCAUUGGUGCAUCAUCGUUGCAGCAGCUGUGCGAGAUUAUUGUCGUUUGGCUCUGAAAUGUCAGCGCUCAUGCUCGCGCGGUCUGCAUAGCGUAUAGCGUUACGCGAGAAAGGACGACGCAUUGCCACGUCCGGGGACGCAUGAAACAAACGCGCCGAUCACAUUACAGCAACACAAUCGUCACGUUACAAGACAGUCGUGAGUUUCGCAAGGGGACAAAGAAUUGGAACCACGCACGGAAUACAUUUUAUUAACCUUGACCCGCUCGUUGACAACAAUUUCGAAUUGUUGGAAAUGGUGCUGUACGCGUAGUAGAGUGCUUGUGAAAAUAAUUAGUGGAAUUUGUGAAACGUACAGGAUUUAUUACGUCAUCUAAAAAUGUUUUGUAACAAUAAAACAUUGUUACAAAAGUUAGCGACAUAAGAACAUUUACUAAAAUGUGUAUUUUUCUGGGUUUUAUCUACGAUUACUUUUGUUACAUGUAUUGUACUGUAGACAUUAUAUGGUAAACGGUAUAAAUGAAACAAGAUGAGUAACGAAAGUACAGAAAGUCAGUCGCCAUUGCUGGCAAUGAAGAACAUGGAUCACGCGCCGAUGCAGCCUCUGUUUCCCGAUACAGACACGUCAUGCGUGAAUGUAUGGAUGGACAAGAUGAACAAGGGAGUACUGACGAGCACAAAUUUUCGAGAGUACUGGCGAAUCUGGGUGCCAAAGAUAUACAGUCCAGAGUGCAACGGCAACUGUUUGGAGUGGACCAUCGAUGAGGAAGUGGUGCACAGGAUGCUGCUGAAGACUCUGGAGGAGUUCAUCUGUGGUGGUGAUCCGCAAGUAAUCUUGAAGGAGCUUAGCAAGAUGGACAAUCCACCGUCGAUGUGCGGCAAAGUGUUCAAAAUGGCCGAGCCGACGUACAGCUGCAGGGAAUGCGGCAUGGACCCGACGUGUGUUUUGUGCGUGGACUGCUUCAAGCAGUCCGCUCAUCGGAACCACAAGUACAAAAUGGGCGCGUCCAGUGGGGGCGGCUGCUGCGACUGCGGCGACACGGAGGCCUGGAAGAGCGAGCCGUUCUGCAAGAUACACCUAGCGGGUACUUAUUCGAAGGAGACGCGCGGCGGCAACAAGUUACCUGGUGAUAUCGCGGAGAGAGCAGUGGUGGUCUUUGAAACCGUGCUGGAAUACUGUUACGAACUCCUGACCCUGACGCACUCGUUGUCACUACCGUCGAACCUUUGUCUGAGAGAAACGGGAAUUAAUUCGCUGAAUCUCGAGCAGGAGGACAAUUUUAACUCUUACUGUACGGUGGUCUUCAACGACGAGCAUCACACGUUCGAUCAAGUGAUAACCAUGCUGACGCGUGUUCUCAAGUGCUCGCAGAAGGAGGCCGUGGAGUUUGUGACCAACAUCGACAGAGAGGGUAGGACUUUGGUGAAGUGUUCAGCGUUCCGGCAGUGUAACGAACUGCGUACCGAUAUCGAGAGGUUCACGUAUAGGCAUAGUAAUCGACCGUUGAAAGUAGUCGUCCUUCAUACCCACACAGUCGCCCAUCAAACGUUCGCUAUGAAACUGCUCAAUUGGUUGCAACAAUUUAUAAGCCAGUGCGAAGGCUUUCGCGUGCUGUUCAGCAACAUCGCGCUCAAUACGAAGCUACCGGAGACGUCGAUCGUCCAGGGGAUACUCAUGAGGGAUUCCCAGCUGUGGAAAUCGGCGAGGACCGCGUGGCACAGGCUCUUCAUAUCCGGGAUGCUGAUAGAAUACGAGAGCAAGAAGGCGCUUGCCAUCGUGUUCACUUACAACUACGGCACUGUCAUGAAGGACUUCAUCAAGGACGAUCACGAUCACGCGUUCUCGAUCGUCUCGCUCUCCGUUCAGCUGUUCACCGUGCCGACUCUGGCGCACCAUCUCAUCGCGCAUCACAAUGUAUUGUUCAUCUUGUUGAACACGUUCAUUUCUGAGAGUUCUCGGAUAUGUAACACCGCUGGCAAGUUGGAGUUUGAGAGAAACAUGCCGCAUCACACCUUCAAGAGGGCUCAAUACAUCCUGUACGAUUUGCGGUACUUGCUGAGCGCGAAGCCCGACGAGUGGACGGAGGAUCUGAAACGCGGCUUCCUGCAGGGAAUGUCGCUGCUGUUUACCCUCCUCGACAGCAUGCAAAGUAUGGACGCUGUGCUCCGGCAGGUCGGACAACACAUGGAGUACGAACCGGAGUGGGAGUCCGCGUUCAAUCUGCACAUCAAACUCUCGCCGGUCAUUACUCUGGCGUUGGACUGGUGCAGCGCCAAUAGAGUCGUUCUGAUCAAGACCUUUCAGCUGCUGCUGAGGAAGUUGCACGAUCAGUUGGGAAAGGAACCGACGCCAACUCAAGUUCGUGAGCUGGCGGAUCAUAGCGCGACUUGUCUGCAGUACGACGUGUCCUCCGAACCAGUCUCCAUACAUCUGCCGCUCUCGAGAUUCCUCGCCGGUUUAUUCUUAUACUUGGAACAGUAUGACCUACAUUUUCAGUCGCACGAGUUCGUCAAUCAGACGCGACCGACACCGGAACAAAUUAUCGAGCCGGUACUGGCAGCGCAAGCCAUGAUCUCGCAAGUACACUCAGGCAUGUGGCGACGAAAUGGCUAUUCCCUGCUGAACCAAUUGUACUUUUAUCACAAUGUGAAAUGCCGCAGCGAGAUGCUCGACCGAGAUAUCAUUCUGUUGCAAGUCGGCGCGUCCCUGAUCGAGAGCAACGAGUUCUUGAUUCACGUCCUCAACAAGUUCAAUCUUCUCAACUGGGCGCAAACGGAUUUCGAAACGAACGCCUUGAAGAAUCCUGAGGAGGACAGUAUGCGGCAGACGAUCAACCUGGUGGAAGAAUGUCUGGGUCUACUUAUCACGAUCAUUGGUGAGAGGUACGUUCCCGGUGUUGGCCAAGUGAUCGCGGAUGACCGCCUGAAGAAGGAGAUCAUACAACAGCUGUGCAUAAAGCCACUUUCGCACUCGGAGCUGAACAAAACCUUGCCGGAGGACGUUCUUCAUCUCGAGACCAACAUAGAGAGAGUGAUAAACGAGGUGGCGGACUUUACGAAGCCGUCGCAGGCGUCGGCGGGCAAGGGUGUGUACAAGCUGAAGCCGCAUCUUUACGCGGAGUACAACGUGUUCUUUUAUCACUACACAAAGGAGGAACACAGUAAGUCCGAAGAGGCUCAGCGGAAGCGACGGAAAGCGCAAGGGGAACUGGAGUGCUGUCCACCACCGAGGCUGCCCAAACUGACCGAGUCGUUCAGCCUGGUAGCGAAUUUGCUUCAGUGCGACGUUAUGCUGCACAUCAUGCGAAUCGUGCUGGAACGCGCGCUCAAUUUCAUAACCAGGAGCUUCUCCGAGCUGCAAGUGCACAAAAUACUCCACCUGAUCGGUUACGCGCUACAGGAACAAGAGUCCGGCUACUACCCAUUCCUCACGUUCACCGAGCGAGCGGCCAAGUGGAACAUCUUCAAGUUACUGGAGGAUCUGUCCAGCAGUCCGCGCAUAGAGGGCCACAAAGACUUGCUCACGUGGGUCUUGGCCAAGUAUCGCGAGGUCACCAACUCGGCUGCUGUAGAGGCGAAUUCGACCCUUGUUCAACAAUCCGAGCAGCAGCAGCAGCAACAACAGCAGCAGCUGCUGCAGCAGCAGCAACAGCAACAACAACAGGUAAGCGACGCUGACGUCGACACCAAGGAAACGGAUAAGGAAUGGCGAACGAGGAUGGCAGCUCAGAAGCGCGCCAAAGUCAUGGCGCAGAUAAUGGCUAUGCAGAAGCACUUUAUGAAGAAGAACGCCAGUAUGUUCGAAGAAGCUAAACAGCAAGACGCUGAGAAAAGCAACGACGAUGACGAUAACUCUGCGAUGGAUCUAACUGAGCUUCCCUCGCAGGAGGAAAACGCAGCACCGGUCGCACUCGGCGUUGGUCAAACCAGCAGAAUGUGCAAGCAGGAAACUUACACGUGCAUCUUGUGCCAGGAGGACCAGACCGUAACGGAAUCCGGGCUGGCAAUGGUAAUGGCCGCGUUCGUCCAACAAUCCACCGUAUUGUGUCAGCGUCGAUACGAUCUUCACGAACCCGAGCCCAUGUACUUGUCGGCCAAGCUGGGCGCGUCACCGUACACCAGCACGUGCGGCCACGUGAUGCAUGCCCGCUGCUGGCAGGAUUACUUCGACAAUGUGCUCGUGAAGGAGAACCGACGCCACUACAGGACGCGUCAGCAGGCGAGCUUCGACGCCGAAAAUCACGAGUACCUCUGCCCGCUGUGCGAGUGUCUCAGCAACACUGUUCUCCUACUUGUACCGCCGUUGGGAAAGCUACAGCCGACCGAGCCUGAGGAACUGCAACUGAACGUCAGCUUCGAGACGUGGUUGAAGGUGAUGGUGCUCACGAUGGACUGCAAACCGAACAGAAGAUUCGGCAAGUCCAUCAAUCCGGAAUACGACGUGCUGGAGGAGGAAAAGGUGGUCAACCCGAUGACCGUUCUCCGUCAAGAGAUCGAAGAGGCGUUUGAGCCGUUCGAGGCUCAAUACUCGCGACUCGGACCGUGCCUCGCGCGGAAGAUGGAGACCAUGAUCCACACGUACGCGUCGCUCUUCGCACAAGCUACGUACAUGAAGGGAUGGUUCAGCGGGUUCGACGGUGACCCGAAGGUGCCCUUGCUAGCCUGGAAAUCGACCGCGUACACGAUCCACGCGAUAGAGUUCCUUCUGCGGGACACGGAGAAACCGCUGUUGGGCGCCAUGACCUCUCGGCAGAGCGACAGUCUCGAGAGCAUCGUGCGGUUGUCGGCUCUCCUCGGCGCGAGUUUCUCGAACCGCGCCAACAUCUGGUCGGACCGUGACCAGAUCAUGCUCUACGCGGUUCUGCUGUUGACGUUGCUGAUAGAGAAUCCAGCCACUGGACCCAGCAUCUUCGACAUCGAUCCGUUCGGCGUGCUGGUACCGCUGAUCAACCUGCUACCCAGCGUCUUUCACACGAAGGCGGACGAGGCGGCGCCGAACCCACCGCCCAUAAUAACCGGCGGCGUGUUUGACUCGCACCUGGUGAAGCUCGUAUUCCUGUCUCACGUAGCGAAAAUCCUCUUUACCUUCGACCUCUCGGAGAUUAUGGACGUAGACAGCCACGAGGCGGACGUCGAGACCGCUGAGGCCGACUCGGACGCUGUCCUUUUCCACGUGCUGGGCGUGCGUUUCGACAAGCGGAGAGCGGACGACGUGUGGCGUCGGGUGGAGGCCGCCUGUCGGCCCUUCCUGCGUUGCUGCGCCAUUUACUUCCACUACGUGACCGACGUGCCGGCGCCGACCGAGCUGACGCAGACGCACGGCGACACGUAUGAGAAACUUUGCCUUUACCUAGGACUGCCCGCCACCUGCGACGCUCUGAUACGCUCUCACUCGGACGCCACUCUGAAGCUGUUCAACGUGUGGAGGAACCACCCCACCGUCUGGAAUCACAUAAUGGGCGUGAAGAAGGUAUCGAUAGUGAAGGAUCCGUUGACGGUGAACAAGCUGGUGGAGCUACCGGACGACUACAGUGAGCUCAUCAAUUCGAUAUCCCAGUUCACCUGCCCGAACAGCGACCGCGAGGAUUCGCGCACCCCGACGAUGUGCCUGGUCUGCGGUGAGAUGCUGUGCUCGCAGAGUUACUGCUGCCAAAUGGAACUGAACAAGGUCUCGGUAGGUGCGUGUACGUAUCACGCGAGCAAAUGCGGCCACGGCAUCGGUAUUUUCCUGCGCAUACGCGAAUGCGAGAUUCUGUUCUUGCGUACGCCGAACCGCGGCUCCUUCGUCUGCCCGCCGUACCUCGACGAGUACGGCGAGACGGAUCAAGGUCUGCGCCGCGGCAAUCCGUUACAUCUGUGCCACGAAAAAUACCGGCGGUUGAAUCACAUGUGGCUCGCUCACGAGAUCCACGAGUCCAUAGCCAGGGCCAUCGAGCAGUCCACGAACAAUCUCCUGCCAACCCAGUGGCAGCAUCUGUAACUUCGUUUUACUCCUUUUGCCCGUGCUUGGAUCUGAUUUAGGUCAUUUAGAUCAAACAAAAACGAAGGAAGGAAUGUAUUACUGAUCCUUAGCAGUCCAAGUAUACGUGAUUGUUGAUUGUUCACGGAUUAGUUCGCUGUGACGGGAAACAUCAACGAAGAAAUUAAUUUAUUCUCAGAUAUGUACGCAACCGCAUAUACCAAUGUGUGACUUUGUAUAUGCGAACACGAUUUUAGAUAUUAUUAUACCCUUUUGUCCUGCGUUGCGAUUGUUUUUUUAGAUUGUUUCAGAGUUUACAGAAUUAUCUCUCUAUUAACUGUUGUGUAAAUUAAAAACUAUCGAUUUGUUCAUUGUAUCUAUUAACAAAAGUUGUGUCCGAGUUAUGUUACUUAUAAAUGCGAGUCCACAAAUAUACAUAACAUGAUACUGUGCAUCUAACCGGUUGUUACUUGAAUUAUUUGCCGCUCAGUAUAGCGAUCCAACAAUUUUGCUGCAAUGUAAUGAACGGUCACUCUUGCGUUCUUGCGUUUUCGAUCACUUUACCUGGACCUGGAGCAACAAAUGAACGAACUGACUGACCGACUGACUAAUUAAAUAAUUGAUAUUUAUCGCAGUUGGAUUACUUUUUCGAUAACUUAUUUGCUACUUUUCAUGUAGGCUGGGGUGGUGGUGCAUACAGAGUACCGUAAUUCUGCAUACUUGUGGUUGUGUCAUAAUAUUUAUGAAAUGAACGCUGUGAUGCAUUUUCAUAAGUAAUAAUCACAAACUGUUUUAGGUCGCACGCGAGUCUCUCCCCGUUUUCUUCUCCCACUCUCACUUUGUCCUCCUGAAAGAAAAUAAAAGAUCCCAUGAAGGAUCAGUCUUUAGCACUUAAGCAAUUCAAUUUUCAAUGAUUGCGCAAUUUCGUCACAGGGAGAGGAGAAGACACCGCAAGACCCUUUUACUCUAAUCUGGUUUGAUUAUCUCGGACUCUGAAGCAAUAUGCAGCAAUAUGAAAACGUCAGCAAAUAUAUAUAUAUAUAGAUAGAAUAUACGGAAUUCGUACGAGUAUCGAGAAUAAUUUUUCAAACCUUAAUGAUGAAAUAAAUAAUAGAUAAAUUAA